AUGGCGGACAAUGCAUCAGAUCUGCCGUCCAAGGGGAAAUGCCUGGGGGCAGACUGUGGGAAUGAUGCUGGAACUUUGCAAUGCCCGACAUGUCUCAAAAUCGGCGUAAAGGACAGCUAUUUCUGCUCCCAGGACUGUUUCAAGCGGAACUGGAACCAACAUAAAACCAUUCACAAAUUUGCGCAAGGCAAAGCACAGACUGGUACCGGGCCAUACAAUCCUUUCCCGGGCUUCUCAUUCCCGGGGACAAUUCGACCUGUCUAUCCGCUUUCUGCAAGGCGCACACUUCCCAAGUCGAUAAAACGCCCCGACUGGGCGGAGACUGGAAUACCAAAAGGCGAACAGCGCUUGCACAGGACAAAAAUCGACAUUCUCCAUGCCAAAGGUCAAGAGGCAAUGCGAAAGGUUUGUAGAUUAGCUCGCGAGGUCCUGGAUAUUACCGCCGCCGAGAUCAGGCCCGGAAUUACUACAGACUACCUUGACGAGAUUUGCCAUAACGCUUGUGUAGAGCGGGACUCGUAUCCUUCACCCUUGAACUACAAUCACUUUCCCAAAUCACUCUGUACUUCUCCAAACGAAGUGGUUUGCCACGGGAUUCCCGACCAGCGCAUCCUUCUCGACGGCGAUAUCAUCAACCUGGAUAUCUCGCUGUAUCACGGAGGUUAUCACGCUGAUCUCAACGAAACAUACUAUGUGGGUGAACGAGCCAAGGCGGACCCAGAUUCAGUGCGAAUCAUCGAAACAACACGGGAAUGCUUGGACAAAGCAAUUGCGCUCGUGAAACCCGGCACGCCAAUUCGAGACUUUGGCCGGGUCAUUGAGGACCAUGCAAAGUCUAGAGGCUGCGCGGUCGUCGCAAAUUGGGGUGGCCACGGUAUCAACACCGAGUUUCAUCCCCCGCCGUGGAUACCUCAUUACGCCAAGAACAAGGCCGUGGGAGUGUGUAAAGUCGGCAUGUGCUUCACCAUAGAGCCUAUACUUGCACUAGGGAAACCUCGGGAGGUGUAUUGGCCAGAUAACUGGACCAAUGUAACUGCUGAUGGCAAACGAACUGCUCAAUUUGAACACACGUUGCUUGUCACAGAGACAGGCGUCGAGGUCUUGACUGCCGCAAAGGCGGAUUCACCCGGAGGCGCGAUACCGAUGCCGGUAAUUGCGAAUGGAACAGCGGAGGCUAAGGGUACAUCUAACCGUGAGUGA